AAACGUUCAGAGGAAACUGACAUUGAGCGGCAAAUUAGACUUCAAAAAUUAAGAGAGUCCAUUAAACAGAAACGGUCAGAGGAAACCGACAGUGAAAAACAAAUUAGACUUCAAAAGGAUUGUGAGUCUAAAAAAAGAAAGCGGUCAGAGGAAAGUGACACCAACAGACAAAUAAGGCUUGAGAAAGAUAGACUUAAUACAAAACAAAAGCGGGCAAACAAAGUGUCACAGCCUCAACAUGAAAUACUAAAUCAACAGGAUUAUUUAAAUAUGUUUGACAACACAAAUAAUGGUGGUAUUGAAGAGCAAUGUUGGGCUAAGGCUAACAUUAAUAAGUUUAAUAAGUCUGUGCAAUACAGUGUCAGUCAGUGUACA